CGGGCUCUGAGGAGGACCAAGAAGAGGAGGAGACGGCCGCGGAGGGAGCGUUGUCGGAGUCGGAUAGCCUACGCGUUCUGCCCCGGCCGCCGCCAUGGGAGCCGUGCUGGGUGCCUUCUCCGUGGCCAGCUGGAUUCCAUGCUUGUGUGGCAGUGCAUCAUGUUUGGUGUGCAGUUGCUGUCCUAGCAAGAAUUCGACCCUGACUCGCUUUAUCUAUGCCAUUAUUCUCCUCUUUGGCACAGCCAUUUCUUUUAUUAUGUUGACGGAAAGUUUGGAAACACGGCUGAAAAAGAUUCCUGGAUUCUGUGAAGGGGGAUUUAGAAUCAAGAAUAAUGAUGACCAGAGUGAUAACAUUUGUGAUGUCCUGGUUGGUUACAAAGCUGUCUAUCGGAUCAACUUUGCCUUGGCUAUCUUUUUCUUUCUUUUCUUUCUGCUGAUGUUAAAAGUGAAAAGUAGUAAAGAUCCAAGAGCUGCAGUGCACAAUGGGUUCUGGUUCUUCAAAAUUGUUGCCAUUGUUGGUCUCAUGGUUGGAUCUUUCUACAUUCCUGGGGGCCCAUUUACUACAGUCUGGUAUUAUAUUGGAAUGUCCGGGGCCUUCUUCUUCAUCCUUAUACAGUUGAUACUGUUAGUAGACUCUGCUCACUCUUUGAAUGAGAAAUGGGUUGGUCUUAUGGAAGAAAAAAACCAUAGACUCUGGCAUGCAGUUUUACUGUCAUGUACGAGCUUCUUUUAUCUCUUGUCCAUUGUCGGCGUGGUGCUCUUAUAUGUAUUUUACACCAGAACUGAUGGCUGCACUGAAAACAAGUUAUUCAUCAGCCUUAAUAUGAUUUUUUGCUUUGGGGUGUCCAUUCUCUCAAUCCUUCCCAAAAUUCAGGAGCAUCAGCCUCGCUCUGGCCUUCUCCAGUCCUCAAUUAUCACAGCCUAUACCAUUUACCUCACAUGGUCAGCCAUAUCCAAUGAACCUGAUCGCAUCUGUAAUCGAAGCUUAUUUAGCAUUAUUACACAGAUAACCACACCAACUGUGACUCCCGGUAACACAACUGCCUCAAUGACUACCCUUGCUCCUUCAUUGUCACAGCAUGGUGGUUGGUGGCUAGAUGGAGAGAAUGUUGUGGGACUUAUAAUCUUUGUCAUCUGCCUCCUGUAUUCCAGCUUCCGUUCCUCCAGCAACAGUCAGGUAAACAAGCUGACACUCUCUGGGAGCGACUGUGUGAUCCUGGAUGAUGCUUCCUCAAACAGUCCUAGAGAUGUAGAGGAUGGACAGCCACGGCGAGCUGUGGACAAUGAGAAAGAUGGAGUUCAGUACAAUUAUUCUUUCUUCCAUUUGAUGAUGUUCAUGGCCUCUCUGUACAUCAUGAUGACUCUGACCAACUGGCAUAGCCCUGAUGUAGAGUUCCAGACAGUGACCAGCAAGUGGAGCCCUGUAUGGGUAAAGAUAUCUUCCAGUUGGGUUUGCCUCUUCCUAUAUACAUGGACCCUCGUGGCACCUAUUGUCCUUACCAACAGAGACUUCAGCUGAGCCUCCAUGGUCCACAGGAGCCCUCACAGUCUUUGUGCCAAGAGCCAACAUCUUUGUAUUUCGCUUCAACUAAAAUAUUAAGUGAACGCUUUCCAAAAGUUUGGCUCUAUCCAGAUAUACCCAAGGUUACUAGAUGAAUAAUGCUUUGAAGCAGGAUCUAAACUUUUCCUUUCAACUCUAUUAUGUUUAUUUGUAACAUGUAAAGUAUAAGGUGAAUAUUAUUGCAUUUUUUAAAAAAGAACUACAGCUGUGCUGUGAUGAGAAUUCUGAAAAAAAAAAACAUCUGUAAAUCCCUGCAGCUUAGAUUUAAGAUAGUUAAUAGAAAAACAGAGGGGGUUGGAAACCCUCCUUAAUAUAUUCGGAUUGAAAUAUCUCUAGAAAACAAAGAAGAAUGUACUGCUUCACAAAUCUUUUGGUCUGUGGAAGCCCAGUUUUCUCCUACAUUCCAUCGUGCAGGUUCAAGGAGUGUGCACGCUUUUUCUUGAGGGAAACCUUGCACACCCUUCCCCAGGCUGGGAUCUCUGAAUAAGUGCAUCUCUUGCCUCUGUAAUUUAGUUUUUUCUCAGAUUCAUACAUUUUUUACACUAUAGCAAUCUGAUGCCGCUUGAUCUCUGUUUAUGACUUUGCCAAAUAUAAUGAUUUCAAUGAUGUUUUCAAGGUUUAAUUAAGUGGAAGAUUAGCCUGGAAAACUCUACUCCUUCUAUUUUUCACUUUGAAGAAAAAUAUGUAAAACUAAAAUUAGCACGUGAACUUUUCUGUCAGCACUUCAGCCAUUUGCAUUAUAACAUUUGAUUAAAAUAUCAAGAUUUUAAAGAAA